AUGAAAAUUAAGUUCUGUAAAGAUAAUCAUGUAAUUUUGAUUAUACUCGAUAAUAAGAAAAGCUCCACUGAGCCAAAGGAAGAAGAAGAAAUCAUUAGGCCACAAAUUAAAAAGGGCAAGCAAUUGAAAGCAGCAACUAUGAUUCAGGCCUGGUGGCGAGGCACAUUGGUUCGUCGGACACUGCUGCACGCAGCCCUCCGGGCUUGGAUUAUUCAAUGCUGGUGGAGGAUGACACUGGACAGGAUAAAGCAGAGGAAGAGAAGUGAAGCCCUGUUUGCCUAUGUGAAAAGAGAAAGGGCAGUUGUCAAGCUGCAGUCUCUGGUCCGUAUGUGGCGCAUCCGCUGGCGAUACUGUCAGGUGCUCAGUGCCAUCUAUACCAUCCAGUACCAUUGGCAAUGUCAAAACCCCCAGCCUCGUUCUUUCCUUCGGGGUCACUGUGUAGUUACCGCCACUCACUUGCAGUUUCACAUUGAGGUCAUCAACUCCUAA